AUGGGUUAGUUAUUAUUAAAAAACAUUAUCAGUAUUAUAGAGAGAGGAAGUCAAAGUGAAAAAGAUGGUAUUGCAUUAGGUUUGAAUUCAUGCGCAUCAGUAUCAAUUCUUGUGUGCUAUUUUAUGAUAUAUCAUAUAGGAAAAUAGAGGUUGAUCAUUUGUUUACUAAUUUAAACCAUUAUUGUUAUUCAUUAUGAAAUUGCAUUCUAUGAAAGAAAUACUAUUUCAGCAUAAAGUGCAAUAAUUUACAUGAUGUAAAUUCAACUCUACCUUUAAAGAAACAAUGGAAUUUUUGACAACUUAAGUCAUUUUGCACUUAUCUAUGCUAUUUUAAGAUUUUUGAUUAGAGAAUUCUCAAACCUAUAGGUUUCAGAGAUACUCCUUAUUUUCUUAUGGUAACCUUUAAACCAUUAUUUGCUUUAUCUAAAUAAACCAAAGAAAUAAUAUAAGAAAGAAGACACCACCACUCAAGUUCAUUUUUAAACUAUAUCAUCCCCUUAAGUUUAAAACACUUAAGCUGUUGCUGAAGAGUUAGUAGCAAAAACUAAUAUUAAUGAAGAUUUUUUUGAUUAUAUCCCAGAAGGUUUAGUAAUUAUUGAUGAAUAUUUCAAUAUUAUUAAACAUAAUUCAAAAAUUCUGUAAUAUCUAUCAAUUAAAGAACCUUCAACAAUUCCUACUUCUUUAGAUAGCCUACUCAAAAUGUAAAUAUAAAUAUAUAUAUAUUUAAGUGCUCAAAAAAAUAAAGUUCCAAUCAAAGAGAAGGAUAGAAAGAAACCCAUGCAUAUAAAGGUUUUGAAAUAAAAUAGUGAAAUGUAAUUUAGUUAUAAUGCUUCUUUGGCUUCAUCUUUGAAAAAACAAUUUUGGACAUCUGAUAGACAAAAGAUUAAUUAUAGUUUUUCAAAAGGUGAUUCCAUGAUGUAUCCAUCUCUUUAAGCUAUUAUUAAUGAAUUCAAAUUAAAAAAUUUUAAUGAAAACAUGACUGUUAAUUCAGAAUCUUGCAAUAUUGUCAAAUAUUAAAUUGCUCAAGAAUCUUCAAUUAAAUACAAACAUAUUUAAAUAAAAAUUUAUGAGAUUAAAUUGCCAACCAAUUCAAAAACAGCAUUAUUUCUAUUUAUUGUAGAAAAUAUCACAAAUAAAGAAUAAUUAAAACAAUUAACCAAUAGAUUUCUUUUUUAAUAACAACUACUCAAUUCAUUUAGUCAUGAAUUAAGAACUCCACUUAAUUGCACUCUAUCAUUAUUAUAAGCUCUUAAAAGUAAAUUGAAAAAUGAUGAAAUUAAUUAAGAAUUCUUAAAUCCAGCUAUUGUUACAGGUCAUCGUCUAUUAUAUUAGAUUAAUGACAUCUUAGAUUAUGCUUAAAUUGAAUGCUAAGAUUUUAAAAUUAAUAUCAGUGAAUUUAGUGUUUCUGAGAUUUUUUAAACCUUAAAGGAUUUUUUCAUAUAAGAAUGUGAAUAAAAAUAAAUUUAAUUUAUAAUUGAAAUUGAUUGUUUGAUUGUUAUUAGAAAUGACAAAGACCGAAUAACUUAAGUACUUAUUAAUUUGAUAAGUAAUUCAAUUAAGUUUACUCACUAAGGUGGAAGGAUUGUAAUAAAUGCUAAAAGAAGAGACAAUUUGUAUCAAUUUACAGUAUGGGAUAAUGGAAAAGGAAUUUCAAAUUAAACUUUAACUAAUAUUUUUGAAUAACCAAAUAGCAUGAUCUCAAGUAAUAGAGCUCAUGAUACAUAAACUUAGUCAUACAAAUUAGGAAUAGGUCUAAAGGUAAGCAGAGGAAUAGUUAAAUAUUUAAGCAACAAUGGGGAUCUGAUUAUAAAAAGUUAAUCUGGUUGUUACACUUCAAUAAAUUUUUUUGUUGAAGACAAAUUUAUGAAAAUUAGUGAUGAGAUAUUAGAAUAAGAAACUAUUCUGAAAUUAGCCAGUAAAAAUACUUUAAAAAAGUGUGACUGUUCAUAAAUAUUAAUUGUUGAUGAUAUACCUUUUAAUCAUAUUGCCUUAAUAGCUAUACUCAAUAAUUUCAAAAUUUAAUCAGAGAGUGCAUAUGAUGGAAAUUAGGCAAUUGAGAAGGUAAGUGAAAGAAUAAGAAAUUCUUAAUGUUGUUUAUCAUAUAGGAUAAUUUUUAUGGAUUUGGAGAUGCCAGGUAAAAAUGGUUUUCAAACAACUACUGAAGUAAAUUUCAAUUAAUUUAUAGAUAGUAACAAUUUUAAAAAAAGUAAAUGCUUCAUCAAUCAUUGUUAUGUACUCUGCUUAUACUGGAGAAGAAAAUAUUGAGCAGGCACGAAUAUGUGGUAUGAAAGAAUUCAUACCAAAACCAAUAUCACUAAACAGAUUGCAGAUUUUGAUAAACAAG